AUGGACGACGAAUUGCUCGAGUUGCAGAGACAGUUCGAGUUCGCUCAACAAGCGAAGUCCAGUAUUCGAUUAUCCGAUCGAAACGUCGUUGAAUUAGUCCAGAAAUUGCAGCAACUUCAAGUCAUCGAUUUCGAGCUUCUUCACACUGCUUCCGACAAAGAGUACAUCACUCUCGAUCAACUGAGAAAUGAGAUGGUGACUGAGGUGAACAGAUUAGGGCGAAUUUCUGUGAUUGAUCUUGCUGAUGUUACUGGAGUUGACUUGUACUAUGUUGAGAAAUUGGCUCAGAGUAUUAUAACUGAUCAUGGGGAAUUGAUGUUGACUCAAGGGGAAAUCGUUACGGAAUCUUACUGGGAUUCGAUUGCAGAAGAGAUUAACGAGAGGCUUCAAGAAUGUAGUCAGAUUGCUUUGACGGAACUUGCUGCGCAAUUGAAUGUUGGUUUGGAUUUGAUUGCGUCUGUGUUGGAGCCGCGUCUUGGAACUAUAGUUAAAGGAAGGCUUGAAGGUGGGCAGUUGUAUACUCCUGCCUAUGUUGCUCGUGUUAGUGCCAUGGUUCGAGGUGCUUCUAGGGGCAUUACAGUUCCGACAAAUUUGACAGUGUUAUGGAGCUCGUUGCAGAAUUUACUGCAAGAAAUGGAUGGAGCCAGUGGUGUGGCUGUUGAUGGAUCUUUCUUCCAGUCUUUGUUUAAUGGACGUGUGAAGGGAGGUGAAAUUUCAGGGUCUGUACGUGCUGGAGUGCAUUGGACACCAGCUGUAUUUGCUGUUGCUCAAAAGGAAUCUGUGGAUUCAUUCUUUUCACAAAAUUCUUUUAUCAGCUAUGACGUUUUGCAAAAACUUGGAAUUCCUCAGCCCGUUCAAUUCUUGCAGGUAACUAAUCCCAGAUAUCCUGAAGGCAAACCUCUUGUUACAACAUUUGUUCACCCAUCAAUGAUUGAGAUGCUAGAUGCUGCUACUGAGGAUGCUCUAGAACGUGGUAGCUGGAGUGAUUCUCUUUCCUUAUUGCCCUCAUCUUUUACACCUCAAGAUGCAUCUAAAAUGUUGUUCCUCUGUCAAUCUGUACAAUUGGCUCUUAAGUCUAACAAAGCACAUAUAUUUGGGGACUUCUAUGUAUUGAGCAGCAGCUUUAUGAAGGACAUUUGCGAUUGUACGGUGAAAGAAUUAGAGACAUUAGCUGUUUCAAGGUCUUUGGGCACUGUAAAACCUGGUGAUUUACCAAUAGCCAAUGAAGUAAAAGCAGGGUAUGAUUCAAGCAGGUUGAGUGUGUCCAGUGAAAUGGCAAGUGACAGUGGCUCCAACAAGCAUGCUGAUAAAGGGCCAAAGAAGAAAAAGGGGAAAGCCACUGGAAAUGCAUUAGCAAAUCAAUCUGAAAGUGGUGCUGAUAACCAAGAGCAUACUUCUACCAAAUCUAAGAAAAGCCAGAGAAAGGGUAAGGAUACAUCUUCACAAACAUCAGAUUCAAAGCAAGGCUCUAGGAAAGAAUCACUUAAAAUGAAAGAGGAUAAUCUCAGUAGUCCCUCAGAAGAAUGGAUCAUGGAGAAGAUUACAGCCUUGGUUCCUGAUUUUGAAGAACAAGGUAUUGAUGAUCCUGAAACAAUUCUUAGGCCUUUGGCUAACAAGUUAAAGGCCCACAAUAAUCAAUACUUGGAUGGAGAAAAGGAAGGCAUUAAAAAACUCGAUGAGUCUUUCUUAAACAUGCAACUGUAUGAAAAAGCCUUAGAAUUGUUUGAAGAUGAUCAAUCAACUUCUGUUGUUUUGCAUAGGCAUUUACUAAGGACAGUAGCAGCUCCUAUGGUUGACAUGCUUCUUCAUGACUUGGAUGAGCAGAACAAAUUAAAGAGCGGAGUAGAAGUGCAGGAAUCUCCAAAUUCUGAGUCUAUUUCGUUUAGUCCUGGAGAUAGAGCUGCAAUUUCCAAGAGUUUUCCAGGAGCUCUUUCAAAUAAGGCUCUUGCUGUUGUAGAAGCAUUGGAAGGAAAGAGGGUGGAAACAUUCAUGUCUUCAUUCAGAGCUGUGACAGAAGAGAGCGGGCUGCCUUUGAAAAAGCUAGACAAGAAACUAGAAAGGACACUUCUACAUUCAUAUCGUAAGGAAUUGACAUCUCAAGUUUCGGCUGAGACUGACCCUGUAUCACUUCUGCCGAAAGUCGUGUCUUUACUCUAUGUCCAGGUUUACCAUAAAGCUCUACAAGCCCCUGGAAGGGCCAUUUCUGUUGCUAUUUCUCAAUUGACGGAUAAGCUUGACGAGACAGCUUGCAAGAUUAUAGCUGAUUAUCAAGCUGCUGCCGUUACUCUUUUGACACUAUCAGCUACUCCUGAUGACGAAGACAGUUGUGCAUCAAAUAGAAUUAGAGAGAUUAUGGAGAGCCAAAUGCCUGCUCUCAAAAGUUUGGUUUCGGGUGCCUCACGGUCAUAA